AGAGACACAUUUCUGAGACAUCUUCUCCACUCCAUAGUGCCACUGUCGAUUCAUCUACUUGAAUGACACAUGAAACCGCGGCCAUUUUAACUACGCUGCAAGCAUAUGUCAGAGGGAAGCUUGUCAAAAAACUGCCGCUCAUCAACUGCCAAGCCAGAGCACUCAACGGCGCAGGAGAGACGGCCUACCUUCUAUCGCUGAACUUGAAGCACAACCCAAGGCUCAUUGGAUGCCUUUCAAACGAGAUUGAGCAUCCCGUGGUGGUUGAGGAACAGAUUGUUCAUGAGAGAGUGAGAGAGAGACGGAGACAGACGGAGAGAUCUUUCCUCUGCUGGUUCCCCAGUGAUGCAUCCAGGUGUGGAACUUGUGCAGCCGACUCCACCGCCUGGACGCGAAUAAGUGUGUUGCUGAGCGACGCGAGUGGCAGUUUACGCCCAGACCUCGCGCCGCGAUCACUCUCGCUUCACAGUGGCCGGCAGACGGCGGAGGGCAGCCUUGCACCUGCUGCGGAUUGAGCAUCUCCUCGCCGUUUCUCCCCCUAAAGCGUCUCCCUAUCCAACCGCUCAAGCAUGGAGCUUGGUUUUUUGCCCCGCUCUCUUUGGGCAACGGACAACAAACUUCUCCAGCACCACGUUACGGAUCUUUUCACGAGUGUACACGUUACUAGGGACCUGUCUGCCGGAGCAUCUUUUGGUCCCUGCGUUCUCCAUAACACGUUUUACGACACCAUCGCCUUCAUCGCCUUGAAAUCCUGCGAGAAGAGAAGCAAAUCUUAUGUUUUCCGGGUAGACGCAGAGGCAGUCAAAAGUUCACCGUUGGUGCUUUCCUGGUUAAGGCUGGUGCAAGCGGCGAGCAACAAGGAGGAACAGAAUAUGGAGGCGUACCUAAGGAGCGGGCAGUUGUACUUUAGGUCCACGCGUAACAUACAAAAAGACGAGGAGCUGCUCGUGUGGUAUGACGAAGAACUCUCUCAUCUGCUGGGCUUCAGCGAGAUAAAGACACGAACGCUCACAGACGGAUUCAGAUGUACUAAAUGCGACCAGGCCUUCAGCAACGAGUAUCCCUUUCUGGCGCACUGCCGUUUUCUCUGUGCGCAAGUGAAAAACGACGCGCGCUGCCACGAACUCCACGAGCACAAAACGAUGGAAAUUAAAAGACAGCGAAGGGUCACCGACUUCCACAACAUCGCCCGAGAACUGGAGCACAAAAAGACCAACGAAGAAGCCAACAUGUCCCCACGGAAAAGGAGGCACGACGAACUCGAUGGUACAAAGGUGAAAAAACCCGUUUUACUGGAGAAAACCAACAUCAUAACUCACACCGUGCGAGAAGGCCAAACGGUACCCGAACUCGCGGCCUCCGUUAUGAAGCACAACGCGGACAAGUUUCUGUUUAAGAAUGAUCUCCCGGAAUGUAAACAAAGCGCGUUUACCGAGGUUAGGAGGAUAAAGGAGAGGCUGAAACAAGAGAGGUCCCCGGAGACGGAUGAUGGACCUGGGGUUGAGCAGACUGGGCAGGGCCGCGUACGAGCGGGCUCCAGUUUGCAGUCGGAUGGAAGCGCGUUCUCGUUCGUCCUGCCCAAGGGCACCCACGGCGAGCAAAAAAGCGCGUUCUGUAAACCAAGCAAAAAGACCACAAGCGACCCGGCCGUGCAUCCAGCCCAAGCGUUAAGCAGUCGCCCGGAGCGCUCGAAGGAUAUAGCGGAUGCGAUUGCGUCGAAGACUGUUUUGGGAUACGGCAGCUUGUUGGGAUCCAGUCUGUUGAACGGCGAGCUGUCGAGUAGACGGCACGCGCCGGCGCCGGCUGCCACGGUGAGCUCUUUCCCGUUCGCCUCAGACCAUUGGCACAGGCCUAUUGGAGUACCGGUCCAGGCCGCCUCGUCGCUCCCCCUGCUUCCUCCCACGUUCACGUCCUUCGGGGUGUCGGUGCAGAACUGGUGCGCCAAGUGCAACCUGUCCUUCCGCAUGACGUCGGACCUGGUGUUCCACAUGCGCUCGCACCACAAGAAGGAAUUCGCCGCCGAGUCGCAGGUGAGGAGGAGGCGAGAGGAGAAGCUCACCUGUCCGAUAUGUCACGAGUACUUCCGAGAGCGCCAUCACCUGUCGCGACACAUGACCUCUCACAAUUAAACUGCUAAAUUAAAGGGGGGGAUGACGCUGCCCGAGGUUAUGGGGAGACGGGGGAUACUUGCGGCGACUUGUGCUUAACAAUGUCAAAUUAAUUUGUGAAUGCAUCCGCACCGCUUUUGAUUUCCAUUGGCACACUGUGCAGCUGUCCUGGUUUCCGUUCAUGAUGUUAUUUAACGAAUAUUUCAUUUGUAUGCUGUGUACGUUUUAUCUGUUUAAACACGCCCGUGCUAUGCUUACUAAUGAUUAAGUCUAGAUCCUUGUUGUAAUCACUCAAAUAUAUUAACUUUAUGCGUCGGCGCAAUGCGCUCUCACUGAGCGCAUUGCGCGGACUCCUCGCUUAUUAAAAGUGUCCGUUAGAUGGCCCCAUACGCACACUUAACGUUGUGAAUGCACAUUUUCUUGCUGUGUGUAGGCAUACUGUGCAGAUCUUGUCGUUCAGGUUAGAUUAAACGCAUAGGCCUACUUAAAUUGUGCCUUAGGAAAGCAAGAGAGUGACUUCAUGAUAAGAUGAGAAAAUGAAUGAGAUGUAAUUAAUGUUCAAGUUGUAUUUUUAUUGUUUCCUCAUUUCUUUCUCAUGUCUGUUAUUCAUGUGUGUAUUUAAUGUCUGUCAAAAUAUUAGAAUAUUUUUUGUAUCUGUAGGCUGCUGGUAUUCAAUUUUGUUAUUUCUCAAUACAAAAUCUGAAAUUAUCUGUAAUUAAAACAUUUAAGGCAAAA